AUGUCAACCCUCUUCUCCUUCGGCGCCAAAUCCCCCACCCCCCCAACCGACCCCGACUCCCCAGCGCGCACAGACUCCCCCUCCCCAACAACAGAGGACGAAACACCCCUCACAGAAUCCAAAGAAGCCGAAGUCGGAACCCAGACCAGCUGCAUGCAUUUCCUGGUGAAGAGUAAGCUGGGCUGGAUUGCGUGGAAGGAGAUGGAGGCUACGCUUUAUUCGAUUUUUGAACGGGGGUUUGGAGCGACGAGGUGCCAGAUGAAGUUUGCGGAGCUGAGUGAGGACUUUGGGUUUGAGGUUGAGGUUCCGAAUUCGGAAGUGGAGAAGUUUCAGAAGUUUUUCAAGGGGAGGGCCCUGGCGCAGGAGAUCGAUAUGUUGCACGGCAUCGACCCGGUCGUCAACUCACGGCGCGAUGCGAAACUCACGAAUUUGAAAAAGACCAUGGGGUCCACUUUGCAGGAGAGUGAUGUCCGCAGUUCAAUCGAAACCGUCCUGCACCGCUUCGCCGCCCUCGAAGCCGUUGGCGCCGCCCGCACGAAAGAAGUCGCCGCGAUCCAAUCGCAAUUCAGCGACCUGCAAUCCAACAUGCUUAAGAAAUUCGACGACACGCUGCGGCGGUUCCAGGAGAAGAGCGAGAAUGCGGUUUGGAGGAGGAUGAGGGAGGUGGAGAGGGAGAUUAGGGAGAGUGUUGCGGAGGAUUUGGCCAUUUUGAAUAUGAAUCCGAUGAUGGGGAAGGAAGCGGGGGGGUCGCCUGCUACGCCGACGCCGGGUGGGGCUGUGACGCCGACGGCUGCGGUUGGAACGCCUACUGCUGCGACGCCGACGAGUGCUGCGGUUGGAACGCCUACUGGUGCGAUACCGGCCGACACCCCCCUUGCAGCGACGACGACGCCAUCACCAACAACCUCCUCGCAACCCACCCCCGACCUCACAACCGAGCUCGCCCAACUCCGCACCCAACUCGAAUCAGCCCAAACCCAAAUCGCUUCCCUCCUAUCCACCAACACCACCCUUCAAUCCCAACUCACAACACUGACCACCGCCCUCGCCACCGCGGAAGCCGAAAUCACCCGUCUCAAGUCCCUCCCGACCCCAUCCUCAUCCGACACGGAGCAACAACUAACCGACCUCCGCGACCAAAUCACAGACCUCCGCGCCGUCCGCGACGGGCUCCGCGUACAGCUCCGAGAAGCGCAGACGGAGCGGGACUCGUUUACGAGCGCUUAUGUUAGUUUGCAGAGGGAGGUAGAGAUUUUGAAGGCGGCGAAGGGUGGGAUGGGCGGUUCGAGGAGGGGGUCGAGGGAGGUGUUGGGGGAGGAGGUGAAGGAGCAUUUGGUUGAAAUUCCGGUGGAAUUGGGGAUGGAGCGGAAGGAGGAGGCGGGUGCGCCGCCGGAGCUUGUGGUGGGGCCGGAGACGACAGUUUUGGGGGUUGGGGAUGCUGCGGUGGUGAAAGGGGAGGAGGAGGACCCAUGGAGGCAGUGA